UUUUGCUUGUUUUUUCUUACCAGGCCUGCAUACUCUCAACUUUGCUAUUCUUGGCUUGGGUAAAGACGGUCGCCCUACUACCAACAACCCUCCCAAUCCGAAAGGCGUGUUUUCCACUCUGUCGACCUACGCAACCCAAGCCAACAAAAAGCGUGGUUCGACUCGGGAGGAGGUUGUGAGUGAGUCUCCUGCUAAGAAGACAAAAAGAUUAAGCUCCAUACCAGCUCCCAAACCACUUUCCAUCCGUGCACCUACUGGAGUUGUUUUCAAAACGACUCAUACUGCUCCUGACAACCCUGCUCCAAGACCUGUCUUCAAGACCGUCCAUACUGCUCCUGACAUGGCUGGAGGUUUUAAAAGUUUGGAUUGCGGUCGUGGUGCUGCCCUUACUGGCAGGCGUCCUCGCAAUCGUAACCAACCCUUCACUCGGGUGAAUCGGUCUCGAGUGGACGGUACUACGCAGCCUGCCCCUGAUAAGUCUCAGCAGAAGUCUCCUGAGAAAGGUUUUGAAUCAGCUGCCGAUGUGAACAUCGCAGGCCAAGGGGGUGAUGCUGUUGCGGAUGUUGAGCCGAUAGCCCAACCAGACUUGAUGGUUGUGGAUCUUAUGACUCCAACCCGUCAGAACCAAGAGCAAGAGGUAAAUGAUACUGAUGUUGCUGGUAUGGGCCAGAAGACUCCUCCUCUCAUGCCUCCUACUCUUCAUACUUCUUCUGGGUAUGUUCGCCCUAGCCAGAGUGCUGGUACAAGCUCUGGUCUGAACAUGGGUGUCUUUGUCCGUCCUGGGGAGUGGAUUGAGAAGACUCCGAUUUGCCUAUCCCCCAGGAAGAUGAAGUACUUUGAGGUUCCUCCUGGUGAGCCUGAUGAACCCUGGAACCCUAAAAUCGAUCUUCUUCGUGGUGAGUCGAUACUCACCGACGACUGCAAAGGGGGUGGUUGUAUGGGUUGGAGGGCUUUGAAGGAUCUGGCUACUCCUCGCGACAAUCCUGCUGCUGAGAUUGACGCGCCGGCUGCCCAACAUAUGAAUGAUAUGCUCAAGGCCUGCAACUCUGCUGUGGAGCUUGUGAAGCUGUACCUCUGCUACCAGGAGCAGAAUGAAGACCUUCAGAAAAGGCAGGCUGAUCUGGAGAAGCAGGUGAGUGACGCCAAGCAAGAUCUGGACCAAAAAACUUCUGAGCUGAAAAGGGUGAAGCAACGCAACGAAGAGUUGGAGAAUGUUGCGAACAAGCUGGAGGCAGAGGAGGCCAAGAACAAAGAGUUGUCUGAGAAGUUGCUGGAGGCGGAUGAGAAGGCCAAAGCUGCUUACAAGACCGGUGCUCGGGAUGGUGCCUUGCGAUUUUCUCGGUCCCAGACCUAUAGUAAGCGUAUCACGGAUAGUCAUAACGGUGGCUGGUUUGCUGCCCACCGUUGUGGCGUUCAUGGUAUUGGCCUUACCAAGGAGGACUGUGAGGAUAUUGAGUAUGCUUUCCUGGUGGAGGAAAAGCACAAGGUACCAACCGGUUGGGAGUCACAGAUCAUUCCGGAGGAGAUCAUUCAGAAUGCUGAUCCCUUGACUCUCCCUCCCAUUGAGCUGAAGGAAGAAGACUACCUGGAUCCUGCCCUGCUGUCUUCCAGUACCAACCAGACGGAUCAUCAACAAGUUUGAAGGUGCGGGCAGUCAUCACCGGUAUCACCCUGUGGUUCAUCUGGCGUUGCUGCUUUUAAAGAUUAGUUUAUUUUUUUAGACGCACUUUUGGUAUCAGCUGUUUGUGGCACUUUUUGCCCUGGGAUAUUUUAUGUUUUGUUUUUGUAAACUUUACCUUGUGCCAUUUUUGAUCAGCUAACAAACGUCAGUUUUGGUGUUGGCUGUCGAAUUUGCUUUAUUCAGAUGGUGUUGCUCUUAUGCUUAUGAUAUUGUGUUGU